AUUCUGCUGAGUUAAUGGAUGAAUAUAAAGAAAAAGAUUUCUUUCCUGCUGGAUCAACAGUGAAAUACAAAUGUCGACCAGGUUACAUGAGAGCCUCUAGGCUGUAUUCUAUUACAUGUAAUAGAAACCAGCAGUGGUCAGAUGUUCGGGAGCCCUGUAAACGUAAGUCUUUUUAUAUUCUUAUUAAACAAAUUCUAUUAUAUUUUCAAAUCAAAGUGGUGCAAUGCCAGACACCCCCAGACAUUCAAAAUGGGACUCGCAGCAACCAGGAAACAGCAGUAUUCCCCAGUGGAAUGUUUGUGAAAUAUACAUGCAAUCCAGGCUACGCUCUGAUUGGAGAGGCAACUAUACAAUGUAUGGAUAAUGGCACAUGGUCUUCUCCUGCCCCUAAUUGUGAAGGAGGUAACUGUGCCACCCCCAUUAGGUUAGACUUUGCAGAGCUCACUGAUGAGUACCAGAAAAUGAAUUCCUUUCCUGUUGGGUCAUUGGUGCGAUACAAAUGCAACCCAGGUUAUGUUAAGCACCCUCGAAUGAAUGCCUCUUCUAUAUGUAUCAGGAAUCAAGUGUGGUCAGAAGUUCAAGAAUUUUGUAAAAACUCCAUUCAAAUUGAUGAGUCUGAUAUUAGAGCACAGCAGUGCAGGCAAAGUGUAAUUCAAGCUAUCUUGUGUUCAUCACCACCAAAUAUUCCCCAUGGCAAGCACAGUGGAAUGUAUUCGGAAGAGUUCGACUAUGGGACAGCUGUAAGGUAUACCUGUGACGAAGGCUACCCCCUUAUUGGAAAUGCCUCUAUUUACUGUACAUCUAAGGAUGGGAUAAACGGAGAAUGGAGUGGCCGUGCAUAUUGUGGAGUGCCACAGUGUCCAUCUCCUCAGAUCAAGAAUGGAAGGAUUGUGGCUGGAGUUUCCAGAAUCUACACAUAUAACCAGAAAGUUAGUUUUGAGUGCAUUGGGGGCCACAGUAUGGUUGGCUCCAAAGUGAGCUAUUGCCAAAUGGAUAGUACAUGGAAUCCCCCCCUUCCUGUCUGUGAAUCUGGGAGGCAAUGCCCACCACCCCCAGACAUUCAAAAUGGGAUUCGCAGCAACCAGGAAACAGGAGUAUUUCAAAGUGGAAUGCUUGUGAAAUACACAUGCAAUCCUGGCUAUGUUCUGAUUGGAGCGGCAACUCUUCAUUGCACAAAUGCUGGCAGAUGGUCUUCUCCUGCUCCUAACUGUGAAGGAAUAUCAUGUGGACAUCCAGGAGAUCCAGAGGGUGGCAGAUUGCUUGUAACAGGAGAUUUUCACUUUGGUUCCACUGUAAAUUAUCAAUGUGAGGAAGGGUAUAGGCUGAUUGGAAAGUCUUCCAGAAGCUGUGCAUUGUUCGGUAAAACAGUAGCAUGGACAGGUGACCCUCCUUAUUGCCAGAUGACACAGUGUCCAUCUCCUCAGAUUAAGAAUGGAAGGAUUGUGGCUGGAAUUUUCAGCUCUUACAAAUAUAACCAGAAGGUUAGCAUUGAAUGCAUUGGGGGCCACAAGAUGGUUGGUUCCAGAGAGAUCCAUUGCCAGGUGGAUGGUACGUGGGAUCCCCCCAUUCCUGUCUGUGAACAGGGAUGCAAGUCACCUCCAGAUAUCCAGAAUGGGGUUCACAGCAACCAGGAAGUAAUGGUAUUCAAAAGAGGAAUGUGUGUGAAAUAUACAUGCAACUUUGGCUAUACUCUAAUUGGAGAUGCUACUAUUCAUUGCACAGACUCUGGCACAUGGACCUUUCCUGCCCCUCAUUGUGAAAAAUCACAGUGUCCCUUCCCUCCAAGCAUAGCCAAUGGAAAACAUGAUGGUUCGGCUUUGCAAAUGUUUACUUCUGAAAUGGCUGUAACCUAUUCUUGUGAUCCAGGCUAUUUGCUUGUUGGAAAGGCAUCUAUUUCCUGUGGACCUUCUGGAACCUGGAGCCUUCCUGUGCCAUCCUGUGAAGGUUGCCUUGCACCACAAAGUAUUGCCCAUGGCAAACGAGACAAUGUUACUUUGGAAGAUUUCCCCUAUGGCUCCUCUGUGACUUAUCAUUGUGAUCCAGGCUUCUUUCUUAUUGGAGCACCAACCAUUUACUGCCAGACUUCUGGAACAUGGGAUCAACCUGUCCCUCAGUGUAAAAGCGAAGAAUAUAUGGAGGCUAUCAAACAAAGUGACUCCCAGGUGACCAAGGAUGGGAACAAUCAAAUAGAAAAAAUAACUGGAUCAUUCAUAAAAAGCACAAUACAUUCAAAAAUCAACAAAACAACUACCAAGGACUUAGCAACUACCUUAACCCUAGGCCCUGGAGGAGAGGCAGAUAUUCAAAAAUUUCUGGAACCAUUAAAUGGUGGGAGCCAAAGAGAUCUCCAGAAAGAUGCUUUUCCAGAGGUCAGAAAUUGCAGUGGAGAAGUAGAUGGCUGCACCCUCCCACCACUUUCUGAUAGCAGGGAAGCAGAAACAGAAACCGUGAUUCAGACUAGUGCUAAGGUGACUCUGGAGUGUGAAAAUGGCUAUGUCAGGAAUGAUACUUCUCCUAUUCAAGCGCAACAGAUAGGACGGGAUGCUCCUGUGCCAGCAUGUACAUCAAGUAAACAAAGCUCCUACAAUUUUGCUACACUAGGUUUUGAGUUCUGUCCUGUUUCUACCUUACCAAAAUUUGAAGGUUCUGCACCAAUAAUUUCUUUUCCAUACCUUACACGUUAUCCGCGUAUUUUGUACCAGUGCAAAACAGGAUAUAAACCAAUCAAUGAAAAAGUAAGCGUCAUGGUGUGUAAUGAUGGUACCUGGAAACCAAAGAAAGACUUUUGCAAAAAAAUAUAUUGUGGACAGCCUCCAAAUAUUAUUGAUGGAUUUCACAAUGGAAAUGCAACCACUUACCCUGUUGGAACAAUAAUAAAUUACCGUUGCAGUAAAAAUUUUUCCCUUAUAGGGGCAUCGUUUAUGGUGUGCAGUGCUAUUAGAAAUCUUACAGGAGUGUGGAAGGAGAAGCCACCCAUAUGCAAAGAGGUAUUCUGCAAAGAUCCAGUGGUGGAACAUGGAAUAAAGAUAACUGAACUUGGGAAGCCAUAUAUAUAUGGAAGCAAUGUUACAUUUCAAUGCAAAAUUGGAUAUUUUAUGAUUGGAAGUUCUUUGAUUCGAUGUGAAAAGAACAACAUUUGGGUUCCCAUAGCACCGUCAUGUAAAAAGAUUUCUCCAGACAUAUGUGGUACUCCACUGAUUCUCAAUGGCAACAUACAGCCUUUGCAACCUCAGUAUGAAACUGGAAAAACAGUUGCCAUAAGUUGCAACCAGAACUAUUCUUUUAUUGAUGACACCACAAUGAUGACUAUACAGUGUCAAGGCUAUAAUCUCUGGAAUCCUCCCGCACAAUUAUGUUUCUGUAAGUAUAAAUUUAGGUGUGAAGUGUUCUCUUCUAUUGCUUCUAAUGCUAUAAUCUAGACAAAUGUAGCUAUAGAGGAGCAAUAUGUUU